AAAAAAUAAAAUAUAACUUCUAAAAACAGAAACACACACACAACACACUCUCUCUCACACACACUAGCACGCACAUAGAGAGAAGAGAGAGAAAGUAGGUCCAAUUAGAGCUAGAUUCAUGGGGCAACAGAGCUUGGAAUCUUCUCUGCUGACCAGCGAUGGAGAUUCCAGCAGCAGAAGGAGGAGAUGGAAUAAAGCUCUGUUGCUCGUUCUUCUAUCUCUAAUCGUAUUCAUAUCAUGCCUUGCUCCGAGAAGAUCAGGAGAAUUGAAGAGAGAUGCUCCGAAAUCGAACAGCGAUAUCAUCGAGUCGCACAAAGCGGUUGUCGCCGCCGACGAUGGGCGGUGCUCCGAAAUCGGCGCCGCCAUGCUCGAAAGGGGCGGCCACGCCGUCGAUGCUGCUGUUGCAGUUGCACUGUGCCUCGGGGUUGUUAGUCAGAUGUCGAGCGGAAUUGGAGGUGGUGGUUUUAUGGUGGUUAGAUCUUCGUCGGAAUUGGGCGCCGUUGCAAUUGAUAUGAGGGAAACUGCUCCCGGAGCUGCUUCACAGAACAUGUACGAGAACAAUGCCGAAGCCAAAUACGAGGGAGCAUUAGCAAUGGGCGUUCCCGGUGAGUUAGCCGGGCUCCACAUUGCCUGGUCGAAAUUCGGGAGGUUGCCUUGGAGUUCUUUAUUUGAUCCGGCCAUUAAACUUGCCAAACAAGGAUUUAAAGUCACUCCAUACCUCGGAGCAAAUAUUGCCAAACAAUCAGAUAAAAUAAUAAACGACCUCGGUUUACGACAAGUUUACGCACCAAACGGCACAUUGUUACAAUCCGGGGAUACAUGCUACAAUGUGGAACUCGGUAACACCUUACAUGCAAUAGCGGAACAAGGCCCUCAAGCCUUCUAUAACGGGAGAAUCGGUGAAAGGCUAAUUAAAGAUGUAAAAAAAUCAGGUGGGAUUUUGACUAUGGAUGAUUUAAGAAACUAUAAAGCAACAGUGAGUGAUGCUGUUUCUGUAAAGGUUAUGGGGUACGAAAUCUUGGGGAUGCCACCUCCGUCGAGCGGAACACUCGCGCUCUCAUUGAUUCUGAAUAUUCUAGAAGGUUAUGGAAAUGGAGAUGGUGGUGAGGGUGCGUUGGGGUUGCAUCGUCUGAUCGAAUCCAUGAAGCACAUGUUUGCUGUACGAAUGAACUUGGGGGACCCGCUUUUCGAGAAUAUUGAUACAACUGUAUCUGAUAUGCUCUCUAGAUCUUUCGCGAAGAGAAUCCGAGAGAGGAUAUUUGAUAACACCACUUUCCCUCCUGAAUACUAUAUGCAGAGGUGGAGUCAGAUUAUUGAUCAUGGAACAAGUCAUUUUUGUGUAGUAGAUUCGGAUCGAAAUGCAGUAUCAAUGACAAGUACAGUGAAUUACGUUUUUGGAGGUGGUGUGAUGUCACCUUCAACAGGCAUUGUUCUGAACAACGAAAUGGAUGAUUUCUCGAUACCGACUGAUGUAACGCCUGAUAAGCUCCCUCCCGCUCCAACUAAUUUUAUUAAACCGAAUAAAAGGCCCUUAUCUUCUAUGACCCCAAUAGUUAUUCUCAAGGACAAUCAGUUAGCAGGGGUGAUCGGUGGAAGUGGCGGUUUGGAUAUUAUUCCUGCAGUUGUACAAGUUUUCAUUAACCAUUUUAUAUUGGGGAUGGAACCUUUAGCAGCUAUUCAGAGUGCAAGAGUAUACCACAGGCUAAUUCCAAAUGUCGUCUCGUACGAGAACUGGACUGUUGUGGAUGGGGAACACAUAGAACUAUCCGAAAAGAGAAAGGAGUUGUUGAGAGAAAAAGGUCACGAACUUAAGGCUAAAGCAGGUGGAGCAAUUUGUCAGCUAGUUGUUCAAAAUCUUACAAAUGCAGUCGAUUUUUCGGGCAGAAAACUGCGAAACAAUAAUGUACUCUGUGGAGUACUAACCGCGGUUAGUGAUCCUAGGAAAGGCGGUUGGCCUGCAGCUGUCUGAUGAUAUUGAUUGAAGAUGCUUGUCAUAGUGUAUGAGUAUCUUCUUGUAUUAUUUGUAUUAUUUGGCAUUAUUUGUAAUUAUUUGCAUAGCUGCUAAAUAUGUCCUUGGUUUCAGCUAUAAGCCAAGAAGCAGUAAAUAAUUGGUUUAGCAUUUGUAAUCUGUAAAUAGAUGGAAGAAAAUUUCAAGUGUUUAUUUAUUGAGCAAUUUUAAGUUCAAGGGUUUUAAGA